AAGGAAUCAUCAUGUUUGUCAAUAAAAAAAUCAAUUUCAUUACCCUGUUAUUGGUCAUGGUACUAUGGCCGAUAUCAUUGUUCGAGGCUGCACGUAAGGUUCAACAAUCAAAUACGCCAAUUUCGCAAAUCCGUAUGAACACUACCGAUUCGGAUUAUGAUUUCACUGGUAAAGUUGUUCUUAUAACUGGUUCAUCUGGUGGUCUUGGUGCUCAUUUGGCACAAGAAUUCUGUAAACGUGGUGCCAAUGUUGUCAUCAAUGGACGUCGACAAUCGAGUGUUCAAUCAAUGUUACAACAAUGUCAAAUGUUAUCACCAAAUCAAGCUGAAAUGUUGGCCUAUGUAGCCGAUGUUACUGUCAAACAACAACUUAAAGCAAUGGUUGAUGCAACGAUUGAAAAAUUUGGCAAAAUUGAUGUUUUAGUUAACAAUGCUGGUGGUGGAACUUUUGGUUCUAUUUUCGAUGAAGAUUUAGAUGACAAAAUGCGUCGAAUGAUGGAUUUAAAUCUACAUCAAGCAGUUAUGUUGACACAUUAUGUUGCACCUCAUCUAGAAAAGACCAAAGGUAACAUUGUUACUAUAUCUUCAAUUCUAGGACAACAACCGAAUCAAUAUUUCAUGCCAUAUUGUGUGGCUAAAGCAGCAAUCGAUAUGUUUUGUAAAUCGAUUGCCAUCGAAUUAGGACCUAAAGGUGUACGUGUGAAUUAUGUCAGCCCGACAGCAAUGCGAACAAAUUUCCAACAAGCUAGUGGUGCUGGUGAAACUCUUAAAGGUGUAUUAUCACAUUUGGAGGAAACGAUUCCAUUACGACGAAUUGGUCGAAUCGAAGAUGUUGGUAAUGUUGUACUAUUCUUAGCUUCGGAUAAAAGUUCAUUCAUUACUGGUGCAAACAUUGUUGUCGAUGGUGGUAAUAGCUUAAUCUAAACUGGAUAAAAAUUUAAUCAUAUUAAA